AUGACGAGCCUUAAAAGAUCUGUUGACAGCGAUGUUUUCGCGUCAAAUAUUUCCAACAAGACCUACGUGCGGUCAACCCGAAGCGGCAAGGUCCAGAAAAUUGUGAGAGAAGUCUAUCUCAGAACCGAUAUCCCAUGCUCCUCCAAACUCUGCAAGGCUUGUCUUGCGGACGCGCCUAGGAAUGCCGCCCAAGAAGCCCAGCCUUUCGUGCUCUCAGAGAAGCCAGCCGGGACCAAGGCUUUCCCACAGGGACACUACUUGGUGCCGGACACAAACGCUGUUCUCAACGCAAUGGAUCUUUUUGAACAGACGUCUGCAUUUUACGAUGUAAUCAUUCUACAGACUGUCCUGGAAGAGCUGCGCAACAGGUCUCUACCUCUAUACAACCGGCUUGUAGGUUUGACCAAGAGCGAGGACAAGCGAUUCUACGUCUUCUUCAACGAUUUUCGGCAAGAAACCUAUGUUCAGCGGGGCCAGAAUGAGACCGUCAACGAUCGCAACGAUCGCGCUGUUCGCAAGGCUGUCAAGUGGUACGCUGAGCAUCUGGCUCAAACAAAGGCCAAGUCGAUACCUGCUGUCGUGAUGCUCAGCAACGACAAGGAGAACCUUCUCAAGGCCAAGGAGGACGGACUAAACGGAUCGACUCUACGCGAGUACGUCAGCACAUUGGAGGAUGGCGAUCGUCUCCUGGACAUGGUUGCCGAGGUCGAGAGCUCAGGGGGUUUCCAGAAGCAGGGCCAGAUGCUGUACCCCGAGUACUUUUCCGUGUCCAAGAUGAUGACGGGAGUCAAGGCCGGGUUGAUGCAUCAAGGCAUAUUCAACGUUUCUCCAUACAACUACUUGGAGGGCUCCAUCAAAGUUCCUGCAUUCCCAAAGCCUUUACUGAUUCUUGGCCGCGAGAAUAUCAACCGAGCUAUCGACGGCGAUGUUGUUGUCGUCGAGGUCCUCCCACAAGACCAGUGGAAAGAGCCCUCGACCAAGAUUAUUGAGGAGGAAGCUAUCACAAAGAAUGAAAACGCCGAUGCGGAGGGUGGCCAAGACUUGGUGUCAGAAAAGGAGCGGAAGGCUCUCCAGGAGGAGGUCAAGAAGACACAGAAGGGCUCCUCUGAAGGUCGACCACAGCCAACAGCCAAGGUCGUUGGUGUGGUAAAGCGCAACUGGCGCCAGUAUGUUGGACACAUUGACCCCUCUUCGGCAAGCAGGGCAACAACUCAGGGACGAAAGCAAGACAACGUAUUCCUCAUCCCAAUGGACAAGAAGAUUCCCAAGAUCCGGCUACGUACACGCCAGACCUCAGAGUUGCUUGGGAAACGGCUGCUUGUCACCAUCGACGCGUGGGAGAGAGAUUCAAGACACCCUGUCGGCCACUUCGUCCGCUCCUUGGGAGAACUGGAGACCAAGGCUGCCGAAACCGAAGCCCUUUUGCUGGAAUGGGAUGUCCAAUAUCGACCGUUCCCCAAGACAGUUCUUGACUGUCUGCCCAAGGAAGGCCACGACUGGAAGGUGCCAGUCAGCAACGAAGACCCAGGUUGGAGAGACCGUGAGGAUCUCCGUGAUCUUCUCAUCUGCAGUAUCGAUCCUGUUGGAUGUCAGGAUAUUGACGACGCGUUGCAUGCACGGAAGCUUCCGAAUGGAAACUUCCAAGUUGGUGUUCACAUUGCUGAUGUCUCCAACUUUGUGAAGCCGGCCAAUGCCAUGGACACUGAAGCAAGCAUCCGAGGCACAACAGUUUACCUUGUUGACAAGCGUAUCGACAUGCUUCCCCCGCUGCUCGGAACAGAUCUUUGCUCGCUCAAGCCUUACGUCGAACGGUAUGCCUUCUCCGUUCUCUGGGAACUCAACGAGAACGCCGACAUUGUUAAUGUUCGAUUUACCAAAUCUGUCAUCAAGUCCCGCGAGGCAUUCAGCUACGAGGAAGCACAAAUAAGAAUAGAUGAUGAAUCGCAGCAGGAUGACCUCACCAAGGGCAUGAGGAUGCUGCUCAUGCUCUCCAAGAAGCUCAAGCAGAAGCGCAUGGACGCCGGCGCACUCAGCCUGUCGUCCCCCGAAGUCAAGGUCCAGACCGAAUCCGAGACCUCGGACCCCAUCGACGUCAAGACAAAGCAGCUCCUCGACACAAACUCCCUGGUCGAGGAGUUCAUGCUGUUCGCCAACAUCAGCGUCGCCGCCAAGAUCUACGAGGCGUUCCCCCAGACCGCCAUCCUGCGCCGCCACGGCGCCCCGCCAAAGACAAACUUCGACGAGCUCUCGGAGCAGCUCCGCAUCAAGUGCGGCAUGGAGCUCCGCACCGACUCGAGCAAGGCCCUCGCCGACUCCCUGGACCAGUGCGUCAAGCCGGGCGAGCCCUUCUUCAACACCCUCGUGCGCAUCAUGGCCACCCGCUGCAUGAUGAGCGCCGAGUACUUUUGCUCGGGGACCCAGGCGUACCCCGAGUUCCGCCACUACGGCCUGGCCUCGGAGAUCUACACCCACUUCACCUCCCCCAUCCGCCGCUACGCCGACCUCCUCGCCCACCGCCAGCUCGCCGCCGCCAUCGACUACGAGGCCGUGCACCCGUCCGUCCGGAGCCGCGGCCGCCUCGAGGCCGUCUGCAAGAACAUCAACGUCCGCCACCGCAACGCGCAGAUGGCCGGCCGCGCCUCCAUCGCGUACUACGUCGGCCAGGCCCUCAAGGGCAAGGUCGCCGAGGAGGAGGCCUUCGUCAUGAAGAUCUUCAGCAACGGCUUCGUCGUGCUGGUGCCGCGGUUCGGCAUCGAGGGGCUCAUCAGGCUGAGGGACCUGGCCGAGCCCGAGCCCGAGAGCGACUUUGACGCCGAGUCGUACACGCUGACCACGUCGGGGAGCAGGGAGGUCAAGGUCGAGCUGUUCCAAAAGGUCAAAGUUAGAGUCCACGACCACAAGGAUGAGGCGACAGGAAAGAGAGGUGUGAAGAUGGAGUUGAUUAGCGCAUAA